CCGGAGCAGCAGCCGCUGCCGGCCAUGAGCCAGCCCUCCACCCUCAUGUCGGAAGAUCACGUGCGCUGCCUGGCGGCAGCGGUACCAGCGCGGUACCGCCAGUCCCGCUGGGCCCUGCUCUACUCCACGGCACGGGAUGGCAUCAGCUUGCAGACGCUGCUGCGCAACGCUGCCCGCAAGGCGCCCACCGUGCUGGUGGUGCGCGACUUUGACAGGCACGUGUUUGGGGCGUACUGCUCCGAGGCGUGGCGGCUGGACAAGCGCUUUUUCGGCACAGGCGAGACGUUUGUGUUCCAGCUGGAGCCACGGCCUGCUGCCUGGUACUGGUGGUGGCGGCGCAUGGCCAAAGAGCCAAACGACUACUUCCAAUGGGGCAGCGCAGAUGCCAUCGCGGUCGGCGGCUCCGGCGGGUAUGCGCUGUGGCUGGAUGCAGACCUGGCCUCCGGCCUCAGCCGCAACAGCACCACCUUUGGCAACGACAGCCUGGCGGGGAGCCAGGAGUUUCGGGUGGGCGCGGUGGAGCUUUGGGGCCUCAGCUGA